AUGGAGGUUGUAGAUGUAGCACCAACUCCAACUCCUCCGACUCCUACCCCAGCACCAACGCCAACGACAGAAACAAUCACACUUGCACAGCACAAGAAGAACAGGAUUCAAGUCUCUAACACCAAAAAACCUCUCUUCUUUUAUGUCAAUCUCGCCAAGAGGUACAUGCAGCAGUAUAAUGAGGUUGAGCUUUCUGCCUUGGGCAUGGCAAUCACCACAGUUGUUACAAUUGCUGAGAUUUUGAAGAACAAUGGAUUGGCUACCGAGAAGAAAGUUUUGACAUCUACCGUAGGCAUGAUAGAUGAGAACAAAGGACGUCAGAUUCAGAAAGCUAAGAUUGAGAUUGUGUUGGGCAAGUCGGAGAAAUUUGACAGCCUGAUGAAUGCUGCCAAUGUUGCUCCAGAGGAGGAGGCAGCGAAAGAUAAGAAGGAUGAUGAGAAACAUGCAUAUCUCAUGGCUGGAGUUGAUCAAGACAUUGGUGAGCAUGAAGUGGAUCAUGCUGCAGUUCAUGGUGUGGAUCUUGCUGCUGAUCACGGUGUUGAUCAUCCUGUAGACCAUGGUCUGGACCCCUCUGACCAUGGCUUGGAUAAUGCGACUGAGCAUGACUUGGAUCAUGCUGUAGAUCCUGGCUUGGAUCAUGCUGUAGAUCCUGGCCUGGAUCACACAACAGAUCCUGGAUUGGCAGCAGAGCAUGACAUGGAUCACCCUAUAGAUCAUGUGGAUCCUUCAUUAGAUCAUGAUGUCGAUCAUCCUGUAAACCAUGACAUGGAUCAUGCUAUAGAUCAAGUGCCUGAGAAUUUUGAGGCUUUGAAGCAAGGACAUGAUGAGGAUACAGUCUCUGGAGGUGCAGAGAAGAGGUGGCCUGGAUGGCCUGGAGAGAGUGUGUUCCGGAUGUUGGUUCCUGCACAAAAAGUUGGCAGUAUCAUUGGCCGCAAAGGGGAGUUCAUUAAAAAGAUAGUCGAGGAGACAAGAGCUCGCAUUAAGAUACUUGAUGGUCCUCCAGGGACGACAGAAAGAGCUGUAAUGGUAUCUGCCAAGGAGGAGCCUGAUUCUUCUCUUCCUCCUGCUAUGGACGGCCUACUGAGGGUUCACAAACGCAUUAUUGACGGUUUGGAGGGCGAUUCUUCUCAUGCUGCACCAAGUAGUGGAGCUAAGGUUUCAACAAGGCUGCUAGUACCAGCCUCACAAGCUGGAAGUUUGAUAGGAAAACAAGGAGGAACCGUUAAAUCCAUCCAGGAGGCAUCAGCUUGCAUAGUUAGAGUUCUUGGUGCAGAAGAUCUUCCAGUUUUUGCUCUUCAAGAUGAUAGGGUGGUUGAAGUUUUGGGGGAAGCAGCUGGGGUGCACAAAGCAGUGGAGUUAAUUGCAUCUCAUCUCAGGAAGUUUUUAGUUGACCGAAGUAUAAUUCCAUUGUUUGAAAUGCAUAUGCAAAUGGCGAACCCUCCAAUGGAGCAGAUGCCACCACAUCAAUCAUGGGGUCCACCUCAACCUCUUCCUCCAAAUCCUGUUGGAGGACCUGGCUAUGGACCAAAUUCUCAAUAUAUGCCACCUCCUCGGCAACUUGACAAUUACUAUCCUGCUGACAUGCCACCUCCAAUGGAAAAACAGCCGCACCAGGGUAUAUCUGCAUAUGGAAGAGAAGUUCCCAUGGGUGGCCAUGCUUCAUCAAAUGCUCAAGCAGCACCAUCAAUGAUAACUCAGAUUACACAACAAAUGCAAAUUCCAUUAUCUUAUGCAGAUGCUGUUAUUGGGACAGCUGGUGCAAGUAUAAGCUACAUUCGACGUGCUAGUGGGGCAACUGUUACUAUACAAGAAACUAGAGGUGUUCCUGGGGCAAUGACAGUUGAAAUCAGUGGAACUGCUUCUCAAGUCCAAACAGCUCAGCAGCUGAUACAGAAUUUUAUGGCUGAAGCUGGAGCACCAACACAGCCUCAAGCAGGUGGGGCUGCAGACCAAGGGUAUAAUCCUUAUUCUCAUAGUUCAGUGUAUGCUUCUCCACCAUCCAAUCCAGAACACACAGGCCAUACUGGGAGUUAUGGCUCAAUGUAUGGUGCAAACUAUGGGUACUAA